UUAACUAACACCCUCUUCUCUCUCCCUCUCUGCAGAUGAUGACUCGUCCCUGCGUGUUGGCCCUGCUCGGCGUGGCUCUCCUGUGCGGCUUCGUGGCUGGGCAGGAACAGGGCGCGGGUGCAAGCGCUGCCCCCACGGGCCCCGUUACCCCCGCCACCCCCAAGAAGCCCGACGCCUCCACCACCGCGGAACCUUCCCCCGAACCCUCCUCUGAUACCGAUCCCAAAGCCGAGGCAGAGCCCGAGGCCGAACCCGAGAGUGAACCCGAACCCGAAAGUGACGAAACGAAGGCCAAGUCAGCUGCCCCUAUUGACGAUGACGAGGAUGAUGAUGAUGAUGCGGAUGAGGCCGAGAUGGAGGGGAAGGUGAUGAAUGAUGAGGAGGAGGGGAAUGAUGAUGAGGAGGAUGAGGAUGAGGAGGAGGAGGAGGAUUAUGUGGAGAAUGAGGAGGUGGCUGACGCUGAGGCCUCAAGCAGCGAGAACGGAGCUGCCCUCGUGAGCGUGUCUCUUCCCUCAUUGGUGCUGGCCGCCGUGCUCGCCAAGGUGUUCGCCCACUGAACGAACACCUGCCAUCCACCACUCCCUCCUCAAUAUCAUCAAAAGGCCUUAUUACAUCAGGUGCCAGGCGACCCCGCGUGACAUCUGGUAGCACAAAGUAGCAGAGAGAGCGAGAGCAAGAGAGAGAGUGAGUGAGUGUUGAGUCUCGACGAAGAGAACAAGAGUGACGUGGCCGCAUGUGAUCUCCCUGUUCCCCUGCCCCGCUGUCCUCCGGGGGCUCGGUUUGUAAACAGAAGAACAAGCCAAAGUCCACAUAACAGCAGGUCGGGACACGCCUUCUCGUCACCUGGUGUCCCGACUUGUUGUUAUAUGGACGUUGGAACAAACCUGCGCACACUUUGUAACGCAGAGAGGCUUCUCGGAUUAAUGCAAAGAAAAAGAGCUGUUCCUUUUCUCAACUUUACAAAAUUUCAAUCCAGCUUGUUCAUCAUAUAUUUCUUCCCUUGCGUGUGGAUGAGUGUUUCUCGCUGUGUAUAUCUGUGUGUCAGUGUGUGCGUGUGAGCUCUGUGUGUGUGUGUGUGUGUGUGUGUGUGUGUGUGUGUGUGUGUCCGGGUGUGUGUGUUUGUGUUGUGAGUGGUCAACACAACUCACAGAUCAGCUUGGUUUUGUUUCGUUGUAUCAGUGGGCCAUUGUCACCAUUCCAGUAGUGCCUCAUAUGGGCGUCUUUUCUUUGUGAUCUGUUCUAUAAUCAUACGUUUCGUGAUAUAAUAUAAAGCACACUGUAUCUAUCUAUCGGUUGGUUGUCUGGGUCAAAUAUUAAUAAUCCGAAUAUGCACAACGCUUUCUGGGUAAACUGUAAGAUGUCCAUGUUAACUGUAAAACUAUAAUACGCUGCCAACCUGUCGCCUCCGUCAGUAGCACGCCAUGAAGCUGUCUGUGGUAAUUAAUUAUUUAUUAUAUCAUUAACUAUAGGUGCCACUGCUCUCCCCUGGCGGUGACUCAAACUGAAUCCAGCUUUCAUUGGUACUUAAUAAAAAACAAAACCCACAAAAAAAGGUCAAGUAUUCGCACGCAGGGAGUGACGGGAGGCUUGGGGUCCGUCCACGCCUGACUUCGAGUGUCCCACCGGAGGCUCAGGAGCGGGAACCUUCCUCCGCAGGGCUCCUUGUUUGUACUUUUAUAUAAUGUCCAGUGUUCGCUACGACUCGGUACACGCCGCCACGAACCUUCACUAUUCCUACACCAGCCUUCUCUCCGGCAUAAGAGGAAAACAAUAUGAACCUUCACUAUCCUUACACCAGCCUUCUCUCCGGCAUAAGAGGAAAACAAUAUGAACCUUCACUAUUCCUACACCAGCCUUCUCUCCGGCAUAAGAGGAAAACAAUAUGAACCUUUACUAUUCCUACACCAGCCUUCUCUCCGGCAUAAGAGGAAAACAAUAUGGACCUUCACUAUCCUUACACCAGCCUUCUUACCUGCCUAAAGACUACAAAAACGUAAGACAAAAUGAACCUUUAUUCUCUUCUAUUGUCAGAUUUCCCUCCUCCCUAAAGACUACAUAACUGGAAAACAAAUUUAAACCCUAUUCUCUUCUCUUGAUGAAUUUUUCUCCUGCCUCAAUUCUUCCAUAAGAAAAGAGAAAACUUGUUCAGCUUCACUAACCUUUAAUUCUCACAUGUAUCAGAUUUUUAUUCUUCCUAAAAACUACCAUAAAGGUAAAUAGAAUAAAGUCAACUAAGUGUUCUGAUUUCCAUGGAUUUUUUUCUUACCUAAAAACUGCAUAAGAGGAAAACACGACAGAUAUUGAACUGUGUCUGGAGUAUCUGCCUGUCACUACAUAUCCACCGAGAUCCGUUUCUUACGUUUCUCAGCUCUCCCUUUCGGCCGUCUGAGGUAGCGAACACGUUCAUAAUAAUAAUAGUAUAAUAACAAUAUCGAUGUUCUAGUUACUCCGAGCUGGUCUGUCCAUACUGGCCGACAUUCCCUGCCCAGUAUUUGUAUAUUUUUCCACUUUUCUGUGAGAUGUAAAACCCGAAAGCCUGUUGUAGUGUCACCCCCCUUUUCCUUCAUGUACUAUUCUGAAAUAAACAUCAUUAACCAUCA